AUGGCGUUAACAGUGGUGUCAACACCAUGCCCCUUUGACGCCACCACCACAGCCUCAGGUUCAACCACACAAUCCAGUCCGUCCCCGGUCCGGGUUGGAGGAAGAGGCGGUGGUCAAGUAGGACCAACAGAGCUUGUAGAUUGUCCUGAUCAAAUGGAUCACCUCCCUCGUCGCCGUCUUUGUGCCAAGCUUGAUUCAUUGUACCUCCGCCCGACGCCAGCUCACCGCGAUCUCCCGGCUGCUCUUCAACAAUGGUACCUUCGCCCAAAGCCAGCUCACUCCAGCCCGCUCGCCCGAUCUUUGCAAGAGCCAUCCACUACUGACCAUCGUCACGCGCAGGGGAGAGCGGACGAAGACGAGCCAAGUGAAAUCAAGGGGAACCUGGCCUUCUGGUCCUCCAGGUCCGCCGCCUGGACCUCCAAAACCGCCGCGACUCCCGCCACCACCUUUGUCAAACUCAUCGCCAAAGUCGACAUCCUUGCCCUCCCGCCCAUCGUCUCCAUCGACUUCGUCCAGCGCUUCUUUGCCUACCAUGUCGCCGCUGCCCUUGUCCUCCUCUUCCAGCACAACAUGCAUCCCCUCCCCGACUCAAUUCUUGCCAGAACUUGCAGGCUCAAGCUCUGCUUGGACACGCCUAGAGACCUUGCUAGCUACCUUCCUCAAAGCUCCCAUUUUCAUCUCAGGCUUGGUUUGGUUGAUUGGCUCUAG